CGGUGCAAUGGCGGCUAUUUUCGGAUUAUCCCGAAAAAUUGCAUUGAAAGUUUGUUUACUGAAAUGCGAGGUGUUAAAGUGGUAUCCGAUAUUACCCACGAGCUUCGUAACAAACCAGAAAUAAUGGAUCGAACUCGUAUGUCAGCUGCCACUAGUUCUUGGUUUAAGAACUCAAGACAAAUUUACAAGCCACCGGUAACCGGUUGAAGGGGUAAAGUUACCAUUUUCUACUUACACCAUGGAUUUUCGGGUGGAAUCAGCAGUGAAUGCUCCCCAAACUUGCAUGAAUGGAAAGUGCAAUCCAGUUUCUAGAGGAAAUUGGUUCCUGUCGAGUAACAAAGCUUCCUCUUUAAUUUUCUGGACAAAUAAUGGAGAGGUCAUAGUGGACACUGAACAUCAAUCUCCAAUUUCGUCAUUAUGUAUUUCUCCAGCAAGUAACCCCUACAUAUGUUCAUGUAGUGACGACAAAGUAAUAAUUUGGAGUCUCAAUGAUUUUCACUCAGAAAAUAAAGAAUUUUGUAGGAAACCAAGUAAUGGUCUUCUUGUUGGGAUCAGCCUGGGUACCAUCAGAGACUGCUCUAUAAGCUGUGACAAUGAAUGGCUCGCUCUUUGUAGGGAAAAUGAUGUGUGGGUCGUCUGUCUACAGCAUGCAAACGGCAUCCUCUCUGCUGUCUCACACCAUAAUACACUAGAACCUACUGGUGAGCCACCAUCUCUUUGUUGCUUCUCUCCUGCUCUCCCAAAUAUUCUUGUCACCGCUGAUGAUUCCAAUUCUUUUAAGGUAUGGAAUGUUGAGUCAGGCCUAUUAGUUCAACGCUCAGCUGUUGGAGGUUGGCACCGCAUAUCUUACUGUGAGUUUGUGGGAAGUGGCACAUACCAUGGACACUUACUAGUGGGGACAAAUCGUGGAUCCAUUCAUCUUUUCUCCAUUAGCCCCAACAAACCUCCCCGUGAAUUAGCACAAGUUUGUGCUUUACCAUCUGUGCGUAGUUCGGUGUUAAUAAUAGCAAAAUCUAAUGAUUCAAACAAUGCAGGAGACUAUGAAAAUGGAAGGAAUUUGAAUUAUCUGAACGGCCAGGCGGAGAACCGUCUCGCCGGGCGUCCGCCAACGACUCCGCCAGGAGGUCUAGGCGAAAGCUGUGAGGCGGGCUGCGUCAUACUCAGCGCGCUCCUGGUUGACGCCGAGCCGCAGGACACCCCGGAGACUGUGGAGCCCUCGGAGCUCCCGCAUCCGGACGAGGAGGACCGCGCGGUUGCCGAGAUCCUGGCGCCGGCGCCGCUGCUCGUCGUCUGCACCAACCUGGGCCUGACCGUGUACGACUGUCACUCGUGGGAGUCCGUGGCCUCCAGCUCCUUCUCGGAUUUGCUGGACGAGGACUUCUCGCUCGUGUCCGUGACCUCACUGGCGGGCCGCACUCCGGACCAAGUCCGCUGCCUGCUGUGCUCCGGCCCCAGCGUCUACCUCAUCCGUGCGCAUCGCGCGCCCGGACCGGCAGCCGUCAGCCGCGAGCUGAGCUUCCUCGCGACGUCCGCGGUCGGUGCCCGGUCGCCGCUUCGUGCGCAGUUCUCAAAGCCGGCCGUGGACGCGGCCACGGCGGCCUACGGGGCGUCCUCGCGGACCACUCGCAAGGGCGCCGUUGGCACACCCGCGGCCCCGCGGCCCGUCAAGUCCUCGGGCUACGGCGUGGUCAGCGACGCGCGGCAGCGCUUCAUGCCCGUCAUCAACCGCCCCCGGCGCCCGCCCGCCGCGACCUGCGCGACCAGGGGCGCCGGGUGCGGCAGCCGCGGACUCCUGUCCAAGAUUGACGGCGACCUGAUGCGGACGGGCGCCGGGUGCGGCAGCCGCGGACUCCUGUCCAAGAUUGACGGCGACCUGAUGCGGACGUGGACACCGCCCCUGAAGCAGAGCGGGCGCGCGCGCCUGUGGCACGACUGCGGCGCGGGCGCGGCGGUGCGCCUCGCGUCCUCGGGGGACGGGCUGAGCCUGGCGUGCGCGUGCGGCCCGGGCGUGCUCAGCGUGCUGCAGUGGGCGCGGCCCAGCGUGGAGGACUGCGUGCGCAUCGCGGGCCACGAUGCGCGCGUCACGGCCGUCAGCUUCAGCGCGGACUCGGCCUGGCUGCUCAGCGCCUCGAGCGACGGCCGCACCAAAGUCUGGGACUGGCGGGAGCGGCGCUGUGCCCUGGACGUGGACGUGCAGGGCGGCGCCAAGGGGGCCAAGGGAGCCGACGGCCGCCGCGGGCACGCCGUCACACAGGCGGCCUUCUUCUACAUGGACCGGUUCAUAUUGCGCGCCGUGGGCAGCGCCGUGGAACUCUUCUGUCACCGCCUGCACGACCAGCCCCAGCAAGGGCUGGCCAAACCGGGGCUGGCGGGACCUCGCGGCUCACGGCGCGUCCGCAGAAUUGAAUUCCCGACGCAGGAAGUCAUGUGCUUCGCGGCGCCCAACACUUUUUACUCCAAUGUGCUGGUUGCGGGCUGCGCGAGCCGCUCCCUGCACGUGUACGACGUUGGCGCGGAGCGCUUCCUGGCCGAGAUCCGCGACGCCCACCCGCGGCCGCCGCACGUCCUGGCCCUCGUCACGCCCUCGGCCGCGACGAGCAGCGCGCGGGCCGCGGACCUGUUCGCCAGCGCCUCGGCGUGCGACGGCGCCAAGCUGUGGGACCUGCGCCAGGCCAGGUGCGUCCAGAAAUUUUCGAGGCAUCUGAAUCGUGCCCAUGCAUGUGGGCUUUCCCUGAGCCCGUGUUGCCGCUACCUGGCUGUUGGCUCGGAAGAUAAGUGUGUUUAUGUUUAUGACACACGCAAGAGUACUGAUUAUGUGGAUAAGCUGCUGGGUCUGAAUGAAGUAGUUUUAGAUGUGACUUGGAACUCGAGCAAACCACAACUUGCAGCUACAGCUAUUAAUAGUUGUGUUGCUGUGUAUGCCAGUCCUUGACAUUAUCAGGUCUUUAUCAGGAGACACAGGGUAAUACCUGCGAAAGGAUUUAAAGAGAUUUUCGUCGUAGGGUUGGAAAUCAACUUUAAUUGCGUUCACAACACAUCUUUGUUUUUUCAUAAAUUAAAUCCACAAACAUGGCACACUUAGUAUUUUUAACACUAAGUUGUAAUAACAUGCAUGCGUAAUCUUUGCAGAGGUACAUGCUGUUUGGAUAUGAUGACUGAAAUUCGGUCUACUCUAUCUACAAUAUGUUACACUGGUGAUUGGGAAGGCCUUAAUGUAUAAUUGGUUAAAAAUUUUCUGACUAUAUCCUCCAAAAUUAAUUUUGAGUUUUACUCUUCUUUCUAAUCAAAUAGAAAAUGUGAAUAUCUGAGUAAUAAUUCUGAUCAAUGCUGAUAUCACAACCAGAGUGCUAAGAGCAUUAUUGCACAGGUCAAGACAUAGGUAUAAACCCCUCCCCACCCCACCCCACUCAAGUCGUUGAGAAGCUUUGGUAAUACAUUAUACUUUACAGGCUGGGUUUGAUUAAAUCUUCAGCAAGAUCAAACCCAGUUCAUUACAGUAGGUGAAUAAAAAUUCACAGGAAGAGUAUAAGGAACCACUCUUUGUACCUCAGUACAAAGUGUGUUAUUAUACUAAAUUGCAUUUGAACACCAGACCAACUAAAAUGUUCUGGGCUAUCAACUCAAAAUUUUCUUUUCAAUACUAUAAGGGAUGCAAUAACAUCUCUGUACUACAUUACAUCAAAAUAUAUUAAAAUAUAUUCCCAAAUACGUAAAAUUACUACUAAGAAAUUUGUCAUUGCUUCAGAAGUACUAAAAUUUUGAACAACAAAAUUUGAGUCUUCAGCACAAAAUUUGUCUUCAGUCUUCAAUCAAAUUUUGCAUGAGGUAUUGACGACCCUUCUUGAAUAGCUGGCCUGUGCUCUCUUGGCUAACAAUCACUGCAAUAAUGCUUGAUGCAAACAUCUGUUCCAAUAAUUACAAGAAAAGAGACAAUGCUGCUACUGCUAUACUAUAACACAAUAAAUACAAUCGUUAAUGGUAUGCACACCCUCCAGGAAAAAUCUUUUUGUUUUGCAUUUUUACAGGAGAUGUAAGUCCUCUUUAAUAUACAAUACAAUAAAUACUUCUAUUACAAUUCCAUUUACUCAGUGCCACACAG